UCAGGUCGCGACGGGUGUUCAGUUUACAGGCAACGGCCGUACCGUGCGGUUGUCUCGCGUGUCGUCUCGCGUUUCUACCUUCAUCACGAUCGUUCUCAUAAUCGGUCCGAGUUUUUCGAUCGAUCUGACAGUGACAUCAUCCUCCGGCAACGUCGCCACGAUUUUCGAUAAAAGUCGAACAAAUUCCCGACUUAUGCUCGAAUUACAAUGGUCGCGUGUGACUCACGAGCUGUAACUGUGUCCGACCAGCACGAUAAACAAAUAUAACCCCGACAACUUAAGUAUACAAAGUUGUCGUGUUUGAACUCGUUUAGCAACGGACAUUGCUCCAGCAGCGUUUAUGCGACAUAAACAAACGAAGACUUCGGAGCUGCGUUAGGAACACGGGGGUGAACUCGACCACCGACUUCGCGGCGUUAACCGUUGGUUAAACGUUCGCGAUUUCGCCCCUGAUUCGUUCGAUGACUAAAACCGGCACCGGCAAGGAUUUCAGACCGUGAUUCGAGUGAGUGAGAGUGACGAAAGUGUGUAAACGAGGAAAGUGAUAAGAGAGGAGCCUUCCCAACCGACUCCUUCUUUUUUCCGUUUUUUAACGACCACGAUAUCUCGUUAAGAUUUUUCUGCCACUUGUACACCGCCGCUCGAGGAGCUCGCCGACUAUUAAAACUGGCAGCAACUUCAAGACACUUCGUACACCGAGUGAUGUACUGAGGUAGAUCGAAGAUGAAGUCGAUAAUCGUAUCGUAUUUCCUCCUGUUGGUCAGCGGUAUCCUCUGUGUCGAAUGGAAACACAGUGCCGUUUUGGACGAUAAUUUCCUAGUUCUUUGGACACCUGGCGAGAGGGAGAUCACAUUCGAGGUUCAGGUGAGGACCUUAGGCUUCGUGGGCCUCGGUUUCACCAGAAAUGACGGCCAGAUCGGGGCUGAUAUGGUCAUCGGAUGGGUCGACAACAAUGGACAGCUGCAUCUUCAUGAUCGGCACGUGAAGGACACCAGCAAGAAUCCAGAAAUGGACGCGAGCCAAGACUAUUGCCUCCUUCAGGGUUUCGAGAACAAGACGCACACCGUUCUUCGUUUCAGCAGGCGAUACGAUACGUGCGACCCACGGGACCUCAAGAUCACGAACGAUACGAUGCAAGUGGUUUGGCAAUAUCACGAGGAGAAACCGGUAUCCGCAGCCGGAGUUUUGCCGGAUCGUGUGGCCAUUCGUGGACCCAAACCACUUUAUUUGGUGCAAAGGGACGCGGAACCUAGGCCCAGCUCGCGCAACCAGGAAGCCGAGCCGCCUCUUCAAACGUGGGACAUAUUUAACGAGCAGGUGACCUUACCACGAGACGGGAAGACGUUGCUUUGGUGCCGCGUUAUCAAGAUGCCAGACAUUAAACGGAAGUAUCACGUUGUGAAGUACGAACCAGUGAUACAACCAGGAAGUCAAGAGUAUCUUCAUCACAUGACAUUGUACGAGUGUCGCGGGAAUCAGGAGCAAUUGGAAGCCGCUUCGGAAUCGUCCGGUGUCGUUUGCUAUCAACCUAAUCAACCUUCCCUUCCAUGCACUACAAUCGCUGCUAUCUGGAGUGUGGGCUCAGAGGGCUUCAAUUAUCCACCAGAGGCGGGUUACCCACUCGACCCACACUCGGGGCCGCGAUUCUACAUGUUGGAAACGUUAUACACGAAUCCACAGAUGGACGCGUUCAUCAGCGACAGCUCCGGGUUGCGUCUGCAUUAUACGGAUCGGUUGCGUACCCACAACGCAGGUAUCCUCAGCGUCGGCAUCGACCCGAACUGGAGGCACAUCAUACCACCCGGCCAACGCGAAGUGGUCUCCGAAGGUCAUUGCAUCUCUGACUGUACCAAACUGACCAUCCCCGACAGCGGCAUCAACAUAUUCGCCGUCGUCAUGCAUACUCAUCAACUCGGGAGGAAGGUCCGACUGCGUCAGAUAAGGUUUAGCGAGGAACUGCCACCCAUUGCAUCUGACACCAAUUACGAUCCUAGUUAUCAGGAGUAUCGGAAACUGCAGAAGCCCGUCAGGGUCCAUCCGGGCGAUCAUUUGAUAGCCGAAUGCACGUACUCCUCCGAGUCCAAGGAUAGAAUCACGCUCGGUGGUCUAAUGACAGGAGAGGAGACCUGUUUGGUGUCAACUCUUUAUUAUCCACGUAUCGAGUUGUCCGUCUGUUACUCUCUACCCUCGUUACCAACGGUUCUGAGAAGUCUGGGAAUCCAAGAGUUGGUGCAGGAUUCCAGUCCGGUUCUCAUUCUAAAACCAGCGGAGUUGACCGGCAUGACGUUAGAGGACCGUCUGGUGAGCUACAACUGGAAGAGCGAUUUCCAGAGAUUCCUGGAUGCCACUCGAGGAGGUACCUUCAAAGCGCUCUGCUGGACCAGCAAGGGAGUACUGCCGGGCACUGAAAAGAUGGAGGUCAAUUAUCCCAGGAUCUUAUCGCCGUACGAAGAGACCACCGUACCAUGUUUGAAGAAACCGUCGAGGAACAAGUUGUCGAUGUUGCUGAGCGAGGACGAGAACAUAGGUGCACCGGCCGAUCCUGACAGUGACGAGACGAACGCGGUGGAACGCGGACAAUUGGUGCGCAGCAAAGUGUCCCGAAGCAGUGACGGACCAACCGGCGGAAGUACCCCGACCAGAUCGCCGAUCGUGGUUCUAAUCCUUGGGAUAUUGGUGGCGAUCGUCGGCGGCGCGUUCAGGUGAACACUGGCCGGUCGUCGCGAGGCCGAUCGACCGACAGAUCGAUCGAUUCCGUUUAUCUAGGACGGCCGAUUUAUCCUGUUGUUGGUCGCGCUGAAUCGGGGAGCAGACGCAUGUAAGUACAUACGUGUCCCGUGUGUACCCUCUUGACGCGUCACUUAGGUUAAAAUAACAAUCGUCGUAUUUUGAUUGGUCGUUGAGUGAGGACACGACGUAGAUGCCGGGGUUCCUUUCCGAUCCGAUACGCGGUUUUGUCCCAGUUACCGAGCGAAUCGUUGUGCAAUUUUUAACCGACGCGUUCCCGCGAACAAAAUUAUCCACGGAACCGCCGAACGUCCUGGGAGAGAGACAUAUUUUUGAUGGCUUGCGUAGAACGAAUGAAACCCUCGGGCGACGAUGAGUCGCGAAGAGUACUGCCAAAUAUAUUUUCCCGAUAACGAGCGUCCAUUCGAGGGAAUUCGGAUCUAAGCUGUCCUCAUUCAAGGAUCGACCUCCCUUCUUCGCGAUCUCUGCUCGUGUAUUAUUGUUAACGGUUAGGAAUGCGCGGGUAUCGCAUCUCGGGACUGGGUUCGAUCACAUUCAAUAAAUCGAAGUUAGGGUAAUCGAGUAAUUCACGGAUAUUCUGAAGUUACCCGAUUGUUUCCGAUCCAGUCCGACAUGUUUCGUUACCGGCACAUCUCUAACCCAUCGUGUGUUCGUACAGGACCGCUGUUGGAUAUCUUUCGAUUCAGAGUGCGUAGAAUUUUCGAAGAACAGAGGAUUUGAAAAAAUUGUAACAUCAUGUGCUAACGAGAAGAAUAUAAUUCGUAUUGUUUCGUGGAUAGAAAGAGCAAUCUUUUCCGCAAAUAUUCGAUUCACGUUUCAAUUUUCUUAGUGCAUGUGACGCAACAUCUGGGAUCUUUCGAUUGUACGGGGCACACGUUGCUGUUUCUUUUAUCGCGUUGUCGCGUCGAUGCGAUCAAAGAAAAUCACUCGAAAUUCUGUUCAAAGAAUUGCAUUUCCGGUGUAACGUUAGCACGUUGUGCGCCUGCCCUGACCGUCAAAGCGGACGUUCUGGCUUUCGAUUCCGUCAAACGAAAGGUCGACACGAGUAGUGAAUCAUAAUCACUUCGAAUCCUUCUCGUUACUUUUCUCCGCGCAUAUCGAGAACAUGAUAUCGUUCUAAAUGUUCAGUGACGAAAGUACGAACUCUUACGUACAUCGUUGACCCCGGUUGAGCUUUGUUGAACUUACGUUCUUCGAGUUAAUUAGAAUACCGUAACCUUCUAGUCUUAUUUCGAAAUCACUUGACAUUUUCACAUGAAAAGAGCUCUUCGGUUAACGAAUCUCGAACGAAAGAUAUUCGCGGAAAACGAAACCAGGUCCUGGCGACAUAAUUUUCAAGCUUCUGGACUCGAAAGAAUUUAUAUUGUUGGCUGUUUAUUUACCAGGCGAACCGAGCGAGCCGAACGCGUUCGAUUUACUCUUUUCCGAAAGUAAACGUCACGAAAUAUUCAGUUCCUCCGAUUCUGUAAGUGCAAUUCAGGCAUGGGCACGAAAACGUUCACUCGAGUUCAUGUAUUUGGAAGGCAGAAUCUACAUAUUCUACUAACAGCUCUGUGCAAAUGGUGAGAAGGCAUUGUCUCGUAGUACAGUGCAAAUGAGAUCGUGGAUGAUUGCUGUGCACAGCUCGAAAGAAGUCUCCCGAAAUUGUCGCAGCUUUGAUUAUAUACCUUCACUUUGUUUAACAUAGUAGUUACGGCAUGUCAUGUGUGUUUUAGUCAUUCGUACAGCUGUGCUAAUUAAAUUGCAACGUAAUUUAAUUACGCUGUACUUGCAGUACAUAGUAAUUUCAUUGUAUUGUGUUUCAAUUUCAUGUUGAUUUAAUUAAAUUGUGUUUUAAUUACAUAUUAGUUUAAUUAUAUUAUAUUUUCAUUACAGAGUAAUUUAAUUAUAUUGGGUAUCAAUGACGCAGUAAUUUAAUUACUUUGUAAUUGAAAUAUAAUUCGAUUACACUCGUAAUUUACAUGAUUUCUUUUGACCUUUUAUCUCUCGUUACCUCUUCGUGUUCCGAUUUAAUUUCGUUAUACUUUAUAAUCGUAUUUCAAUUGCAGUUACAAAUCACCGUAUAAUUCAGUGAAACGCACGAUACAUUAUGAAUUAAAAUCUAAUUGAAUUAAUUUAUAACGAAAAUUCGCGGAGUAAUAACUGUAUUACCUUAUAACUCUCAUUCGUCGAGACAGUUACAUAUAAUAAUAAAGUUCUAUUCAGAAAGUUCGGGCAAUACGAACAAAUUACUUGUCCUUUUACAAUUUCGCGAGACUUCUUGCUAACUCUACACAAUAUGUACUUACUAUGUGGAGCUCAGGAGUUUGUCCUUGAAAGGAAUGUAGGUCUAAUUGGCUGAAAUGGCCAGCCGCUGUCUCAUUCUUGUUUAACGUGACUUUACGACGCACGUAUUUUCCCUGUUGGCAGAAAGGAUCACAUUUACUAAUCAAGUAACGAGAAGAGAGAACUAAACACGUGGAUACUGACAAUGAGCACGAUAGAGUUAUAAUGAACAGGGAAUUUCAAAGCAUUGGCAUGCACCGGCCAUAAUCAAGUAUAAUAUAUGUGCAUAAGCUUAGGUGUAGACUUGCGUCGUAUUAGUCUGUUAUAUCGCUGUUUAAUCUCAUUUGGAAAAGUGAUUUGGGAAUUUCAGGAGUUGGAAAUUUAGGAUUUGGGGAUUUUAGGAUUUGGGUAUUUGAGGAAUUGGAAA